AUGUCUAUGGAGAAGAUAUCAAAAGUUGAAGAGAGCUUACGAAAGACCCUGGGACUUAAGAAGAUGAUUAACAGGUGGCAAAUUUUACAUACUCGGUGUCUGUGGCAAAUGAUGCUGAACCAGAGGAGAAACCUAUAUGGCACCCUAAGGAUGCAGCGCACCAUGGAACAAGAGAUGGCUCUGGCCAACAAACAACUCCUGAUGGUCCGUCAAGCUGCCCUGCACCAGCUGUUUGAAAAGGAGACUCGGCAAUACCAGCAGGAACUCAAUCAGAUGGGCAAAGCUUUUUAUGUGGAGAGACUCUAAUGGCCUCCGGAAUACUGUUCUUCCAUUCUCACCAUGCCUGUAAACUAGCCUUCUUGAACCUCAACCACCUCGAACUUCUUCCCCAAAGACACCUAAAUCUGUUUCUGCUCAGUACUUAAAAAAGUGCUUCCACUCACCUCUCU